GCAGCCUAUAUAACUAUAUCAGGUAUGGUAUACGAUAAAUCAUAAUUGAUAGCAACAGGAGGUGGAAGAAAAAAAAACCCUUACUAUGGCCCCUUUCUUGUCGCUUCGGGUUGCCGUACGAAGUAGGAAAGGUUUCAAAUCCAAAUCCAGGGCUAAACAUGGAAAGAUGCGUGGAACCAAGGAGUUGCGGGGAAGAGUGGAGAGGUUGAAGACAGAGAUGGAGAAAAGAAACGAGGAACGGAAGGAUAUCAGGGAAAGACAGAGACAAGUGAAAGACAAAGUUACAGCAAUUGAAGCCGAAUGCGAGGAAUUAAAGAGAGAAACUAGAUUCAUUGUUCAGCAAACUGCCAGAACCCAGAUCAAACUGGGGCUUAUGUUCCGCAUAUUGAAAGCAAGGGAAACUGGUCACUUGGAUGAAGCCGCCCUUCUCACUCAGAUGCUCCGAGAAAUUGUAAGAUUUGAGGAGGAGGAGAAAGAAGGGUGAGGGCUGCAUCUCGCCGAUAAACUACCUAUGCUCUGCCGCGAAAUAAACUUGUUUGACAAUCAAGUAUAGGCUUUCUGCGUUUGCUAGUAAUUACUAGGUUCUAUUUUUAUUUUCUGCUUCAGUUUCUAAGACCUUUUCAAUGAAUUUUAUAUUUUAUAUAACUCUUCUUUACUGAGCAAAAAAUUAAAAUGAAGCAUAUUGCAAUAUUUGGUAUGUUCUCAACAUAAUUUUAAA